AUGGUAUGCUUUUGCUUUCUCGUUGAUCAGACCCGCAAAAUUCAGAGAAGCAAGCCGGUGGCAGGGAUUUGCUCACGAUGCGGUGGUGGAGCCAGCGUAGCAGACGUGAAAAGUUGUACAAGAGUUUGUUAUGUGCCAUUUUAUUGGAAGUCUUGGAGAGCUAUUAUAUGUACUUUUUGUGGAGCUAUUCUUCGAUCUUAUUGAUAGUAAACGAGUUGAGUUUUUGAUUUUAGGGUUUUAUCAUAGUAGAAAGUAAGAAUAAUAUUGUUCAAAUUUUUUGGAUUUAUUUAUUGAGAAAAAAGAAGAAAUAUGGUUAUAGAGGUUGCACGCUUUAAUGGCGAAGAACACAGAUGUAGCUGAGGAGUAUUUAAUGGCUCAAGAAGUGAGAUUGGAUGUUUGGUUUGUAAAA